UCCAUCGUGUCUCCAGCGGCAGGUGGUCACCGCGCGUCCAGCACCGAGCGCAGCUUGUGAAUGGGAUUAUGACCGCAGAGGCUUCAGGGUGACAUGGACGGAGUAGAGUAACUUCUGUGAACUUGCGCAGCUUUAUUUUUCUUUUCUACUUGACGCGGAAAGACGAGAUUGUUAGAUUGGUGACUGAGAAGUGUUUUCUGUCGGCGCGUCUGUGCGUGCUUUGCGCUCUCUGUGUGUGGAGCCUUUCCAUAAGUUGUUUUCAUGCGAAGCUGGAUUCAUUGUAAAUAAUGGCACUCGCAAGAUUCAGCAAAAUACUCCGUCUGCCCACACUUGAGAUCAAAAAGAGAGUCAAGCAGUAUGAGCACGUCCAUCGGGACAUCAACCCAAACGACUUGUGGGAGAUUGUUGGCGAGCUGGGCGACGGCGCAUUUGGAAAGGUCUACAAGGCCAGGAACAAGGAGACGGGAGUUCUGGCUGCAGCCAAAGUGAUCGAGACGAAAUGCGAGGAGGAGCUAGAGGACUACAUGGUUGAGAUUGACAUCCUGGCUAAAUGUGAUCACCGCUACAUUGUCAAGCUGCUCGAUGCAUUUUACCAUGACAACAAACUGUGGAUCAUGAUCGAGUUCUGCCCCGGAGGUGCUGUGGAUGCCACAAUGCUCGAGUUGGAUCGUGGGCUGACGGAGCCGCAGAUUAAGGUGGUCUGUCGCCAGAUGCUGGAAGCUCUGCAGUACCUCCACAGCAUGAAGAUCAUCCACAGAGACCUGAAGGCCGGGAACAUCCUCCUCAUGCUGGAUGGGGACAUCAAACUAGCCGACUUUGGCGUAUCUGCAAAAAACACCAAAACCUUACAAAGAAGAGAUUCUUUCAUUGGAACGCCAUACUGGAUGGCCCCAGAGGUGGUGAUGUGUGAGACAAUGAAGGACGCUCCGUACGACUACAAGGCCGAUGUCUGGUCCCUGGGAAUCACUCUGAUCGAGCUCGCUCAGAUUGAACCCCCGCACCAUGAGCUCAACCCCAUGAGAGUGCUGUUGAAGAUCGCCAAGUCAGAUCCCCCCACGCUGGACUAUCCACACAAAUGGUCACAGGAAUUUAAAGAUUUCCUGAAGACAGCUUUGGACAAAAACCCAGAGACCCGUCCCACUGUAGCACAACUCAUGGAGCACCCCUUUGUGAGAUCAGUGACGUCUAAUCGCCCGCUGCGGGAGCUGGUAGCCGAGGCCAAAGCUGAGGUCAUGGAGGAAAUCGAGGACAAUAGGGAGGAAGGAGAGGAGGACGACGCCAUGGAACUCACUGUGUCUCCAGAAAAGGAGCCAUGCCAGACCAGUCAGACCAGUUUGGAAGGAGACCAGUCUCCGGACACCCCAAGCCCCACCACGCCCUCUCCAACCACACCAAUACCUCUACCCAGGAAGGGUCUCCAGCCAGAUGCACCCGCAGAGGAGCAGCCAGGUGCCGUCAUGGUGGUCCCUGUUCCCCUGCCACGGCAGAACCUCCCUCCAAAGGAUCCAGAGGAGCUGGGCGACAAACUGGCCGAUGACGUCACUCUUGAGUCUGAGAAAUCUGAGAGCGAGGCCUCAACCAAGACCUCCAGCACAGAUUCAGGCAUUGAGGAUGGGAAGACUACUCCCACACUGGAGGAAAAGGUUGCUGUGGGGACCCCAGAGACAGAACAGCCCCCAUCCCUCCAGCCCGAGGCAUCUGAGGAACAUGUUGAUAUCAUCAUAGACUCAACAGAACCAGAGGGGCCCAAGGUCGUGGUGACAGAGGAGGAGAGCAGCACUGUGGCUAACGGAGGCUUACCAACCCCGAGCCAAAGUCCCAUUGUCACCCCUACACCCACUCCGGCUCCAUCUAUUGCUCCCACCCCAGUGCCUACACCCCGUUCAGAGCCGAAUGGUAGCCUAACCAAGAAUACCCCAGAGCGGACAUCGAUGGGAGGAAGCGCUGAAGCUGUCUCGCCUUAUAUCAAUGGAGGAAUUAUCAACAGCCGGUCCUCUUAUUCAGGCAGCAUGGCAUCAGAGAGCAUGGAUUUGUCGAUCAGCAAGGAGGCCAUCUUAAUGUCUUCAAGGCCCUACUCGAGUAAGACUCUGAAGCGAACCAGGAAGUUUGUUGUCGACGGCGUGGAGGUGAGCGUGACCACCUCCAAGAUUAUCAGGGAUGAUGAGAAGAAAGAUGAGGAAAUGAGAUUCUUGAGACGUCAGGAGCUGCGUGAGCUCCGUUUACUGCAGAAGGAAGAGCAGCGCGCUCAGGCCGGACUAAACGCCAAACUGGAAACACAGAGAGACCAGAUGCAGAGACGUUUCGACCAGGAGAUGAAUGCUAAGAAGAAACACUAUGAUGCAGAGCUGGAGAACCUGGAAAAGCACCAGAAGCAGACUAUUGAGAAGAUGGAAGCAGACCACCAUAUUAAACUCAAAGAAGAGACUAAACGCAUCAAAUCAGAGCAGGAACGCGACUACCACAGGUUCCAGGAUCAGUUAAAGCACAAGAAAAAGGAGGUAAAACACUCUGUUGAUAAGCUGCCCAGAAGUCAGCGUAAAGAAUCCUUGAAGCAGAUGAUGAAUUCCUUUCAAGAAAAAAAGACAAGAGAAGAGGAGAAAUUCUUGGCAGCCCAGAAGAACUACCUUGACACAACACUGAAGAGAAUCAUCUCCAACAACAAGAGAGAGAUUGCAGAGAUGGAGAGGGAAUGCCUGAACAGGAAACACCAGCUAAUCAGAGAGCGUGAGGCCACGAUAUGGGACAUGGAGGAGAAGAAUCUGUAUGAGCGACACCAGUUAUUUAAGCAGCAACUGAAAGACCAGUACUUCCUCCAGAGGCAUCAGCUCCUCAAGAAGCACGAGAAGGAGCAGGAACAGAUGCAGUGCUACAAUCAGCGCAUGAUUGAGAUUCUAAAAGGUCGGCAGCAGGUGGAGAAGAGCCGGCUGCCCAAGAUUCAGCGCAGCGAGGCCAAGACCCGCAUGGCCAUGUUCAAGAAGAGCCUCCGCAUCAACUCAACGGGCAGCUCCUCGGAGGACAGAGAGAAGAUCAAACAGUUUUCUCAGCAGGAGGAAAAGCGGCAGAAGGCAGAGAGGCUGCAUCAGCAGCAGAAACACGAGAACCAGAUGAGGGAGAUGACCGGCCAGUGUGAAAGCAAUGUCAGAGAGCUGCAGCAGCUACAGAAUGAAAAAUGUCACCUGUUGGUUGAGAAUGAGACUCAGAGGCUCAAACAUCUGGAUGAACAUCACAACACGCUGCUGAAGGAGUGGAGGGAUAUGCUGAAACCCAGAAAGAAGGCCCUUGAAGAGGAGCUAAACAUGAAGAAGAGGGAGCAGGAGGCUUUCUUCAGGAUGAGUAGUAGUGAUUGCCCAAAUCCAAGUUCUCCCAACAAACUCUCCAAGUUUGUGCCUUACCAGGACUCUUCCACCACGUAAAAACAACUGCUGUGACGUUGCACAAUAUCUCCUGGCCACUGUUAGCACCAACACACUCACAUGUAAACCCACGGGCGCUACAAUAGCCUGUUGCCUCAGUUUUAAUUUGCUUUGCCAGUGAUGGCAGCAUACCUAUCCCUCCAUUAGGUUCCUUAAAUGUUUUAGUGAAUAUUUAUGUUUUAUCUCAUGUUCUCUUUUUUUUCCUUUUUUUCUUUAAAGUGUUGUAGUUUUUGGAUUUAUAAAAAAUCCAUCAUGUGCUUCACUUGAUUGCAAAGCAUCCGAUCCCAUACAGCGUUUUAUUUCCUUCUUCUGUUCAAGUCUGCUUCUUAUUGCUCACCAGUGAAACAUGAGGAGAAUACGAUACAGUGGCUGUGGGAUGAAGAUACCAAACUAAUAAUUAGUAAAUAUUAAAGAGACAAAAUACUAUUUGGUUGGGGAUAAUUUCUUUUUACAUAAGGAGGAAGUAUGUUUCUGUGAGAGCUGGUGAGUUGGUACAUAAGCACUUUUUGUUUAAUUAUCAGUGCUGUCUUCCAAGUACGAUGACCAAAAACACAACCAAAAUUGAAUAAUUUACUGAGCUUUUCUUAUUCUUUCCAGUUCUGUUUGCCUUGGCUCAUUGACCUGUUUAGUCCGUAAGUCAAAUGCAUGUCUUAAAGCAGCUAAAGCAGCAACCUUAUCCAGAUUUAUCACUGUAAAUGCUAAUUUAAAUAUUAUCUCUUUUUUUAACACCCCUGGAAUGAAGGAUGUGCAUAUUAUUUUGUAUCUUGUUUGAAAUGCGGGACAAGGCUAAAGAUCGGAUCAGAGUUUAAUAGUUUCUUUUACGUGAUUACUUAGAAAUGAGGUUUUAACAGACAAGGAAAGACUCAUUGUUAUUCACAUAGCUUGCUAUGACAUAUUUUUUUUUCUGUUGUAUUUUUACUGUAGAUUCAAUCACACUGGAUGGGAACUGACGAAGCCAAAGCAAAAUACUGUUGUUCUUUGAAAGAUGUGAGAUAGGGGAUUUAAAUCUGAAUUUAAAAAAUUGUAUUAAGUGUAUAAUUGUUAUACUGUGUGCAGUAAAUGCACUGCCUGCUAACCAAAGUGCAAUAUUACAUGUAUGUCUUUGCUAAGCAUAAAGAGGUUUAUUUUUCUUAAUCUUUGCCUUCCUUUGCACUGAGAGGGGGAAUAAUAUGAAGAGUUGAACUCCAAAAACAGAUCUGUCAACAUUUUGAAAGAAAUGGCAUUGCGUAAAAAUCAUUCUAUCUUUAUAAUCUUGAGUACUUGGGUAACAGAUUCAUGUUUCAAAUGCUGAGCUGAUUUUGGAACGUAACUCUUCAUGUCAUUUUUAAGGGAGUGCAACAAUCCAGCCUGUGAGAUAUGUCUAGAUGUUAAACCUUAAACUGAAAACUAAAGUUUGCAGCUGAGGAACUUGUUGCCUUUUUGAGUGAGCUUCUUUUAGAGCAGUUUGGCCUGCAGGUUUACGUUAAACCAGGUCAGCAAUCAGGUACAGCUUAAUCUUUCUCUCCCUCUCACAGUCUCUCAGAAGUAUUUACGUUUGUUGUAAAAUUGAUCUUGUCUGUCAUGUUUAAUGGCUCUAUGUAGGCCUCUCUGCCUCAGUUUACAUGACAUCCUAUGUAUGGAGGGGUUGUAAGUGUGAAUGAAACUGUAUCAGAAGGAACCACUGUUGUAAAUAACUUAAUAAAGGCAGAUUUUCUAAUUA